UUUGUUGGGAGUUCCGGCGCAGGAAUGUUUUUAGCAUGUUCAUGGGCUGCGCUUGGAGGAGUAGCGUCAGAGUGAAAGAGAAAGAGCCAACUCACCGGGGACUCGGUGGAGGAGGAUUAUUAGGGACUUGUACUUGAUUUGCGUCAAUUCGUCGUAGUUUAACCCACUUAAUGUGCGAUCUUGUUAAUAUGUGACCGCUAGCUUCAGUGACGUUUUUUUUAUAUUUUCAUUUUUGAUAUGUCUUCGCCGAAGUUAAACGCUGGACUGGGAAAUUCAGCUACGUCAGCCACGGUAGUGGAGGCCGGGCUGCUCUGCCAGGGAGGGAACAACCUGACCUACGUUUGUCAAUCCGGCUACUGCUGCGGGGAGGCAGAGUGCUGCAGUAACUACUAUGAGUUGUGGUGGUUCUGGCUGGUGUGGGCUUUGAUUAUUAUCCUUACUGGCUUUUGUAUAUGUCAGCACUGGCGGGCCAAGCAGCGUUUCCAGCAGCAGCGCCGGCAGAAUGAGAUCAACCUCAUCGCCUACAGAGAGGUUCACAACAACUCUCAGUUACCCCUCUAUCUUAGACUUUUGCCUGUCUACCUCCUGCCGGCCUAUGAAGACGCAGUCAACCGACCAGAAACCCCCCCUCCUCCUUACACGCCUCUCCAGUUGGUGCCACCGUCCUCUGACCCUCCAGAGGAGGCCUUUAGCCACCACUCGGCUGUCUCCAUUCAACAUGAUGACGACGUAACGCUCGGGGGGACUCCAGAGACAGCGCAGAUCUAUUCCAGCAGUACCGUUGGCCCGAACAAGGAUUCAACCCCAGGCAGGUACCGGCGCUUCACUGGGGAUUCUGGGAUUGAAGUGUGCGACAGCCAGGACCACCUGUGGGAUCAGCCCGAGUUUUUUGACAGAGAAGAAAUGUUAGAAGAAGAGGGGGUGCGUGGAAUGGAAGAGCCAGGUGACCACCCUGACCCCCGCAGUGCACCUGCAGCUGAGGACGGCCAAACAAAGUCUCCUGGGUGAUGGUACUAAUGUUGUUUUUGGAAAGUUGUACCUUUAGUACUAAAACGUUUGCUCUCUCUGUGUAACAUGAUGCACUAGUCCUCACCACAUGACCAAAGAGGACGUCAGUGGGGGUGAGGUGACAGAUUGACUUCUCUUGGGGAGGUUGAUCAUGUAGCACUAGAUUUUCUAAGAUGCAAGAAACUACAGCGACAACUAAAGAAACAGUUGACUUUUAUUUCCAACCCAAAAUCUGAGCAUCUCCUGAGCGCCUGCUGUUUUAAGCUGAUUGGGAUUUACAGGGAUAAGUACUGAGACUCAGUAUGAACUGCUCCAAGUAAUGUUGUUGGUCCCUGGGCACUGUAUUUUAGAUUUUAUCUCAACAACCUUCUGUCUGAUUUGUAAUAAGACACUGGUCUGUGGUAUGCAAGUUGUGUUUAUUCAUAAAUGAUAUUUAAAAUGUAUUUUUAUCAUUUAAACGUAUUAGUUAAA